UAACUACAUUACCUGAGUGUAUCUAUGCAUGUAUGAAUGUGAUCAUGAUGCUGUAUGUGUGUCAAAAAGUCAGGGUGACAGGGUGCGAUGUCUGGCAGGCGGUGCUGUGGUUAACAUGGCCUCUCUAUUGCAGUGUCACCUAUCUCUCCUCUCCUACCUGUUCUUCUGGCAGAGCACAGGAUAUUCGAUCUGCCUGUGCUUCACAGCUGAUUGGGCCGCCGCUCGAAUAUCAGGUGAUGACACCAGCUGUUUACCAUCGCUACACUCUAUGAGAGAAUCUCCAGCUAACUUGGGGAAAACAGAACUGGCCAUCAACCUUACUACACUACAAGGACAGAGGUGCCCUGAAGAGGAACGGGGGCUUCCCUUCCUGGAUAAGAAAUGGACCUGGAACGUGGAUACUUUCGGACGGUGGAUGUCCAGGAUCACGCUCAUUACAUUGUUGCCUUUUUUGUCUUUGUGAUUGGAAUACUGGGUGUUACUGGGAAUGCCUUGGUCAUGUAUGCUUUUUUCUGUAACAAGAACUUACGGACUCCUCCCAACCUUUUCAUCAUGAACCUGGCAGUCAGCGACUUUCUCAUGGCAAUCACACAGUCACCCAUCUUCUUUGUUAACUCCCUCUACAAGGGGUGGGUUUUUGGUGAAACAGGAUGUAAAAUGUACGCCUUCUGUGGAGCUUUAUUUGGAAUCACCUCCAUGAUCACCCUUCUGGCCAUAUCUAUAGACCGCUAUGUUGUCAUCACCAAGCCUCUGCAGGCCAUACUGUGGACCUCGAAGAAACGCACUUGCCUCAUUAUUGCCCUGGUCUGGCUAUACUCAUUAGCCUGGAGUCUUGCACCACUAAUAGGGUGGAGUUCAUAUAUACCAGAGGGCCUGAUGACAUCAUGCACGUGGGACUAUGUGACGUCUACUCCAGCCAAUAAAAGCUAUACAUUGAUGUUAUGCUGCUUUGUAUUCUUCAUCCCUCUGGGUAUUAUAUCCUACUGCUAUGUGUGCAUGUUCUUGGCAACCCGCCAUGCCAGCAGAGAUUUGGAGAAACUGGGGUCUCAGGUGAGAAAGUCAACCCUGAUCCAGCAACAAUCCAUCAAAACUGAAUGGAAACUGGCCAAGAUCGCCGCUGUGAUCAUUAUAGUGUUUGUUCUUUCCUGGUCACCCUAUGCUUGUGUCACCCUCAUCGCCUGGGCUGGAUAUGCAAGCAUCCUCAACCCCUAUUCCAAAGCUGUUCCUGCUGUAAUAGCCAAGGCAUCGGCCAUCUACAACCCUUUUAUCUAUGCCAUCAUUCACUCCAAAUACAGGGACACUCUGGCAGAAAAUGUUCCCUGCCUCCGCUUCAUAGCCCAGGCUUCCAGGAGGGAGUGCAUGAUGGUGUCACACAGCGAGUCCUUCUUCACCAUCUCGACGCUGAGCAGACAGUCAUCAAUCUCCAAAACCAAGUUUCACAGAGUUUCCUCCAUGUCUACAACAGACACGGUGUGGAAUGAUGUGGAGCUGGGCCCUAUUGACCACAGCCAUUGUCUGAGGUCCAGCUAUUCCCCUGAGGCUCUGAGGGCCAACGAGUACAAGUCACUGGCUAAGCAGAGCAAGGACAGGGGAGGCCAAAGCCAGGAACAGACUCCCAUCCCAGACCGAGGCUCACAGGACAGAUGUGACCACAAUCUAAUGCUGUCAAGAUCGUAAUACCCUUGGUCUGUGGGAAGAGCCCAGAAAGCUGGGAUAAAGAGAAGAAACUGGAAGAUGAGCAAAAAGAAACAAGUACAGAAGGUGGAAGCUGAGCUCAUCCAGACAGACUCUCUGGACAAUCCUGCAUGUGUGCACUCCCAUGCCAUCAUUAGAAUCAGUGCACAGAAAGGCCUUAUAGACCACUUCUACUGUGAGGAAGAACAACACACACAGAACAGGCAAAGAGAAAUGCUGCUCAGUUUACAGCUUCUGGGCUGUUACAACUAUCCAAUCAAUUUAUAACCAUAUGUUAACAUCUAAUAGCACCUUGCUUCAGUGGCUUCAAACAGUUAAUAAUAAUAUGUAGAAUAGGUUUAGCUAGUUAGCAUGUAACACAGAUGUGUUUAUUCAACAAAAUAUCACAGUGAAAAAAUAAAAGGCUGUAAUCCACAUCAGAGAGCAGUAGCCUGUAAUGUUCUCUCUAUAGAACAAUGUUGUAAAGUAGCCUACUGUAAUAUUCAUAAUACAUAGGAAUUAGUAGGAGCACAGUAAAUAAGCUUGACCUUG